AGUGUCUAGGUAUUCCUGGGGAAGAGUGGAUUCCUCUGCCCCCCACCCCAACAUUCUUAUUAAAUAAAGUCUUAUCUGAGGUGGUUUGAAGUUGUGCAAAGCAAAGCUGUGUGUAAAUACUACAGUGUAGAGGCUUUUCUCGGCAGACCUCUUGAAUGGGCACCUCUGCAGCCAAACAUUUGGGUGGAAAAACAGGUGUGUUUUGCAGCUGGCUACAGGCCUUUCUGAAGCACUCUCUGAAGUGAUGUUCUGGUGUUUCAGGGCGCUGGCAGCCUCUAUAUUUGUUAGUGCUAGGGAGCAACAGGGUUGAGAUUCUGAAAACUGGAGCCACAAGUCUUGGGAUCUAUCUUGGGAUCCCAUGGCUUUCUUUACUGGGCUCUGGGGCCCCUUCACCGGUGUACGCAGAGCACUGAGCCAUCGCUGUUUCAGCACCACUGGGAGCCUGAGUGCGAUUCAGAAGAUGACGCGGGUACGAGUGGUGGACAACAGUGCCCUGGGGAACAGUGCAUACCAUCGGGCUCCUCGCUGCAUUCAUGUCUAUAACAAGAAUGGAGUGGGCAAGGUGGGCGACCAGAUACUACUGGCCAUCAAGGGACAGAAGAAAAAGGCGCUCAUUGUGGGACAUUGCAUGCCUGGCCCCCGAAUGACCCCCAGAUUCGACUCCAACAACGUGGUCCUCAUUGAGGACAACGGGAACCCUGUGGGGACACGAAUUAAGACACCCAUCCCCAGCAGCCUGCGCAAGCGGGAAGGCGAGUAUUCCAAGGUGCUGGCCAUUGCUCAGAACUUUGUGUGAGUUGAGCCCAGGCCUCUGGUUGCAGGAGGGUUCGUGAAUGGAGCAGUUCUGAGAACGACUCUUUUGCUAAGGGAGCUUGGGAGCCACAUGGCUGCUCCCUUCACACUGGGUAACAGUGUAAUGUCCUGUGAGAGAAUAAAUAUAUUCAUUUAUGUGUUCCGGAGCUUUCUGGGAUGUGGUGGGAAAAUAAAUGACACUGAAGCA